CCACAAUUGCAUUCAUGCACUAUACGAAAAACAACAUUUGAUGUUUUUAUUUAACCGUUUAAUCGUUUAUGAUAGUUAUAAGCAGUCAAUUGAGCGGAAAUAUUAUGUUUUACGAAAUAAUUUUAUUCUGUUCACUCCACUGCGUUCUUUCAGUUGAAAAACCUGUGCGAGAGCAAGAUUUAAAUCCUCAUAAUUACACUCAGCACUCAUACCAAAGUCCCUCUGGUAGCAGAUCGGAAAAGUUCGGUCCUGUAGUGUUUCUUACUAAUGAAGAUGUUACCACUGAUCCCGUCGUCAGUUCUCCAAGGGACAACCGCAUACAAGACGUUCCUUACCAGAAAGUUAAAAGGAAAUAUAAAAAGAAAAACAUAGGAAGAGUAGAAAUUCAGGAUGAAAAGAUUAAUUCCCAACUCGAGCAAGCCCUAGCAAAGCACGGAGCUAAAGUUCUUAAACUUCCUCCUGAAAAGUUGGCGAGAGGUCAUAUUCCAUUUGUCCGGGAUAUUCAAACAAACCAACAAAACUACGCUUUCUCAUACAAAGUAUUGGAUCAUUCUUCCGGUGAUGACUUUUCUCAUUCUCAAGUUCAAAAUUCCAAGGCGACAAAUGGCGAAUACCGAGUAAAAUUGCCCGACGGGAGACUCCAAAUUGUCUCUUAUACAGCAGAUCAAAACGGUUAUAAGGCCGAUGUCAAAUAUACAGAUAGUGAGGAAAACACAGUUAACUUCUAUCGUCAAGAUCCAAUAUAUCGAAUUGAACAGCUUGCAGUAAAAAAAUUUGUACCAGUUAAAACGAAUAGAAAAUAUCCAAUUGAUUAUUACGAUGAAACACAAUCAAGCGGCCGCGGUGACGAGGAGGUCAAAUUAAAAACUGCAAUUCCAGCUAACUACGACGGUAGCUACGACAGGGGCUACGAGAAUAUCGUAGUAACGCCAAGUCCUGGAUAUUCUAAUGGCGGUGCAGUUAGUGCCAAUGCAAAUUACCAGCUUCCUGUUCCAAUAAAUGUUCAGAUCUAUACGACAAACGCAAGAGAUUAUCAGAAUGCGGGCAGUUAUAUUCCAACUAUAGUUAGUACUCCACUUACUUACCAUUCGAAAAAUAUAAAUCAUUACCGACAACCGGCUGUAUCAGCACAGAUAAUAAAUAAUGGAGAUCAGGGUAUAUAUCUACCAUUAUCAACUCCAUCUUCGUUCGUUUUAACCGAUAAUCACGGACAAGUAAUUGAUAAUAUUGAAUUAGUGACUAGUACAGCUGUGCCGUUCGUUUUGUCUACUACUUCUUCGCCUCUAAAUUUCGUUACAGCCCAUUCGACAGCUGCGACACCAACAACGUAUGACUAGUAAAAUCCGGUUUCGAGACUUUAAAAUUUAUAAUUUUUUCCAAUGAAAUUGUGUAAUUUGAUAAAAAUCAUGAGGUUUUACCGUUUUUCUUUUAUAACUCGGGAAACUUUUCAAAUUUUUUCUUCUUCGAUUGCACCACGUCGUUUUUUUGCGGUUAUAAUCUUUUCUCGGGCUAUAAGAGAAAAACUAUUCGAAAAUUUAAUGUUUCAUGUAUAUAUUUUCAGAUUUAAUUUAC